UACUGAUGGUAUGUCGGGACAGAUGGUCUGUUUACGUUUCUACCGUUGUGGCUAGAUUUGGUGGUAAUGUCAGGGACAACCAUUGUUGACAACUGUAGAAUUGUAGCUAAGCCCUUUUCCUAACCUUAACCUAAUUUUUGCUUUAUUAGUGUAAACGUUACUAUGCUACCUUUUUGUUACACAAAAAAAACGUUGUUUCCUUAGUUUGUCCUGGUGGUGGGUGAUUCUCAACUUCUAUAGUGGAUGAUAUUGUGGUGGGUGAUUCUCACCUUCCAGAUUUAGUGGAUGAUAUUGUGGUGGUUGAUUCUCAACUUCCAGAUUUAGUAAUUAUGCACCACACAUCUGCCUCAGCAAUACUGUAAUGCAAACGCACGGUUCCAUCGGAAAUGAAUGUACUUCUGGUGUACCAACACCGGGGGGGAAAAUGUUGGUGUGAUCGAGGCGUCGUCCUGGUCUGUUUCGCAAGCGUUCCCGGAAGUAUCGCGAUGUUGCGUCUCUAGGUUUAGAAACUGCUAGUACACUGCUUAAUAUCUAUGGUGGAAAACGCCAUAUUUUCGAAAUGGCAUAUCACGAGUUCAAGUUUGAGGACCAAAUAACAAAAUACAUUCGAGAACAAGAAUUGGAAACGUCACUGAAAUUCAUAACAUUGAGAAAGGACAAAAGUUUUGCGCAAAAGGAUGCACAGCCUUUGGCACGGAAAAAACUCAGCUGGGAGAGUAAAAGUAUCCCAUUCAAUGGUGUUCCGUUUCAAGUUGUUGGCACAAAGACGUAUGAAUGCCACCAGGGCAAAGACAGACAGACAAAAGCCAAAGAGAAAUAUGCUGCUGAAAGAGACAAGAAGGAACUUGAAGACCAUACCUUUCUACAGAAACGGAAACUGGUACAAAAUACCAAAAAGGUGGACUGCAAGGCUAUAAUCAACAUCGCCCACGUUAUUCGCUUUCCUGAUUUUAAGAUUGAGGAAAGUACAGUGUGCUCUAAAAAGGAGGCCUCGCAAACUCUGAAGGCAGCACUAAGUGAAACACCCAGCUCCGUGAAGGCAGAGGUUGUCUACUGCGUCAGGUUCCCCUCCCUCUCUGAGCACAGCUCACAUGCAGUUGUUGGCGAGGCAGCUUAUGUUCGGGAAGCUGUAGAUGCCAGGCUGAGAGAGAAGAUUGAGCAGCUGACUCUGUCUGGUGUGAGAAAGAUGACUGAAAUGAAGUGUCAUCUGAACACCUUUGUAGUGGAAGAGCUUUUCCAUGGAGAGCAGCCCCCUCCACCUACUCGCAGGCGCUAUUACCCCACUGACAGUGACAUAAGAAAUGUCAUGUUUAAGACCAAGCAGGCCACCAGAGACUCCAACAUUGACCGUCCAUACGAAGGUCCAUCUGUAAGAGGAAAGAGGUCCUCUAGGAAGCUGCUGCGGUUACGGAGGCAAUGUGCAGGAUAUCUUAAAGAGAUCACAGAACUCACUUAUCAUCUCCAAGAGGAACAGUACGUGACUGAACUGUCUUCACAGCUCAGAAGCGUGUUGCUGGAUAUGAAGGCCCAUGUUCCACAGGAUAAAGGCCUUCCACUGACCUUUUCUCCAAGGAAGAGAAAAGCUGAGAUGGACAUGGACCUCAUUCCAACCAAGAGUGCGUCACACCCUUUCACAGACGGGGUAGAACAGCAUACAGAGGACAUAUGUUCAAUGAUCUUCAUAGAGAUAUCUGAUGGAACGGGUGGUCCAGGGAUAUCUGAUGGAACGGGUGGUCCAGGGAUAUCUGAUGAAACGGGUGGUCCAGGGAUAUCUGAUGGAACGGGUGGUCCAGGGAUAUCUGAUGGAACGGGUGGUCCAGGGAUAUCUGAUGAAACGGGUGGUCAAGGGAUAUCUGAUGAAACGGGUGGUCCAGGGAUAUCUGAUGGAACGGGUGGUCCAGGGAUAUCUGAUGGAACGGGUGGUCCAGGGAUAUCUGAUGAAACGGGUGGUCCAGGGAUAUCUGAUGAAACGGGUGGUCCAGGGAUAUCUGAUGAAACGGGUGGUCCAGGGAUAUCUGAUGAAACGGGUGGUCCAGGGAUAUCUGAUGGAACGGGUGGUCCAGGGAUAUCUGAUGAAACGGGUGGUCCAGGCUCCAGGGAUAUCUGAUGAAAUGGGUGGUCCAGGAAUAUCUGAUGAAACAGGUUGUCCAGGCCCACGGGAUAUCUGAUGAAAUGGGUGGUCCAGGCCCCAGGGAUAUCUGAUGAAAUGGGUGGUCCGGGCCCCAGGGAUAUCUGAUGAAAUGGGUGGUCCAGGCCCCAGGGAUAUCUGAUGAAAUGGGUAGUCCAGGCCCCAGGGAUAUCUGAUGAAAUGGGUAGUCCAGGCCCCAGGGAUAUCUGAUGAAAUGGGUAGUCCAGGCCCCAGGGAUAUCUGAUGAAAUGGGUAGUCCAGGCCCCAGGGAUACCACUCCUGUACUGUAUCAAUGUCAUGGCUGAUGGAACGGGUGGUCCAGGCCGCCGGGCAUAGCGUGUGCCUUAGCUGUAGGUGUUUCCAGAAGUACAGUGUCUCUGUGUGGACCGUAACAGGGUUGAAGUUUUAUCUUAAAUCAGCCCAAAAAUCUGCCAAUUUCAAAAAGUUCUGUGAAACGGUAUUACUCGUAGAUUUUGAAAGUAAAAAUCUAAAAUCAAAUGCAAUUGUUUGUCUGCAUGCAUUGUAAAAAAAACAAUGCAGAUAUGGGAGUAAACCUAUUUUGGGUUAAGACAAGUAACUAUGAGUAAGAGCCAACAUCCAAAACCUAUUUCUCCUCAGGAGACUGAAAAGAUUUGGCAUGGGUCCUCAGAUCCUCAAAAGGUUUUACAGCUGCACCAUCGAGAGCAUCCUGACAGGUGGCAUCACUGCCUUGUAUGGCAACUGCUCAGCCUCCGACUGCUAGGCACUACAGAGGGUAGUGCGUACGGCCCAGUACAUCACCGGGGCCAAGCUUCGUGCCAUCCAGGACCUCUAUACCAGGCGGUGUCAGAGGAAGGCCCUAAAAAUUGUCAAACACUCCAGCCACCCAAGUCAUAGACUUUUCUCUGUUCUCUCUGCUACAGCACCGGCAAGGUUGUAACCCCCCUCCCCCCACGCUGCUGCUACUCUCUGUUAUUAUCUAUGCAUAGCCACUUUAAUAUCCCUAUCUGCAUGUACAUAAUUACCUCAAUUACCUCGACACCGGUGCCCCCACACAUUGACUCUGAACCGGUACCCCCUGUAUAUAGCCCCGCUAUUGUUAUUUACUGCUGCUCUUUAAUUAUUUGUUUUUCUUAAAAAUGCAUUGUUGGUUAAGGGGCUUGUAAGUAAGAAUUUUACUGUAAGGUCAACUACACCUGUUGUAUUCGGCGUAUGUGACUAAUAAAAUUUGAUUUGAACAUCAGCUUGCAAGCUGAGAUGGAAUAUGAAUUCCUUCUGACAGAACAGUGUGUAGCACAGGAGGGGUCUGAAAUCUGAGUUUUUGAAGGUUUACAAAAGGAGUUCCCCAGGGCUCAAUGUUAGGUCCGAUCUUUUUUUUACACUGUAUAUAAAUGAUACAGGGAUGACUGUUGACCGCAAAUCUUCAUCUGUAUGCUGAUGACACCACGAUGCUGUUCAAAAGCAACUUUUUUUCCAAUUGAAACUUGUGCUUUUAAUGCAAAGCAAGAGUAAAUGAAUGGGUUUCUCUUCUCUGAAAGUAGACCGGUGGAAUCACUUUCAGAUUUUAACUCUAAAAGGCCAGCAAAUUGAUAGUGUUACCUUGUAAGUAACUUGGGAUUUGGUUCGAUGAAAAGCUGAAUUUUAAACGGCACAUUUUAAUAACUUGACCAAGAAACUGAAGUUGAAAUUAGGUUUUUAUUUUCAAGGAACAAAUCUUGUUUUUCAAUGUCAGUCAGAAAGGAUCUUAUUCAAAGCACCUUUUUUUUUAAACUCUGUGCUGAAUUAUGGUGAUAUUGUCUUCAUGCAGGCCUCAGCAAGAAGGCCUACUUUAACUUUGAAUACAGUGCUUAAUGGUCAGGGCCGGAUUAAUGUAGGGGUUUACUGGGGCUGAAACCCCUUGGCCCAAGGUGGGGGGCCCAAGAGGCAGCAAAACACAAUCCAUUCUAUAUUAUGUACUGGCGCCUACGAUUUCUUAAUCUGGCCCUGAUUAUGGUGGUUUUAAGACGGGGUUUCACAAAGUCGAUUCUGUCCCCCCUCUGCUUUAAGAUGCAUCACCAAUGCAAGAUCCCUCACCCUUCACUGUGAGUUGUAUGCCUUGGUGUAAUGGACUGUUCCAUCCACCAGGAGGCGAAAGCACUGGUAGCAUUGAUAGGACAACUCCCUGUGUAUCUCUUUGUUCCUUACUGACCAGAUUAGUCACUCGUGCCCCGUUGACUUGCUAGUCGGAACUAGGAAACUGAUUUAUUUCCGACUUACUGAUUCGUUGAAUGCAGCACUUGUAUAACUACAACCAGUUAGCAAGUCUGAAAUUCAGAGUUUCCUAGUUCCGACUACCACAAACACGGCAUCAAUACAAUCUUGGUUCACAGUCUCUGUUGUCCUUGUCUGUUCCUCAGGCUAGAACUGACCUGUCCUUGUCUGUUCCUCAGGCUAGAACUGACCUGUCCUUGUCUGUUCCUCAGGCUAGAACUGACCUGUCCUUGUCUGUUCCUCAGGCUAGAACUGAGAUGGGGAAAACCAAUAUUUUUCCCAUAAUUCCCCUUCAUCCUUGAACAUUCUUCAAAAUAUAUUAAAGUCAGUCUAUUUUUAACACUC